AAUUUGGUACCCAGCCCCCAAAAUGGCGCUUUAUACCGAAAUAUGUGUAACCGUGUUUCAUAAGGCAGAGGAAUUUGAAUAACAGCAAACUCUUCGGUUUGACUCCGGUGUGUGUGUGUGUGUGUGUGAGAGAGAGAGAGAGAGAGAGAGAGAGAGAGCGAGGCGGGGUGCGCGCGCGCGCGUGUGUGUAUGCUCUUGUACUUCUGUUCAGUUCACUAUCCCGUAAGCAAACUUCGAAGAUGAAUGGCUCGGGAAAACUCCGCGUGGCUGUAGUUGGAGCAGGGGCAGCGGGAUUAUGUGCAGCUCGUCACAUCCUGUCUCGAGCCGAAUUGUUCGAGCCGCCCGUGGUGUUCGAGCAGAGCGAGCGCGUGGGAGGCACGUGGUACUACGAGGAGCGCGUGGGCACUUCUGACGACGGCCGGCCGAUCCACGGCAGCAUGUACAGAGACCUGAGAACCAACCUGCCUAAAGAGGUCAUGAUGUUUCCUGAUUUUCCCUUUGACUUCCACUUGCCCUCUUUUCUGACCCACUGGGAUGUUCAGCAGUAUUUAGAGACAUACUGCAAGAGUCAUGACAUCACACCACACAUUAAGUUCAACACUAUGGUGGAAGUGGUGAAACCCAUCUCCAUGGAGACAGAUGAAGGGGGGGCUGUGAGGUGGGAGGUAAUUUCGCGUGGCAUGCACGGAGGACAUAGCACACAGACAUUCGACUCUGUGUUCAUCUGCAAUGGUCAUUAUUCUGCGCCCCAUUUGCCCUCCAUUCCAGGAAUAGAGCAUUUUAAAGGAAAGGUGAUGCACAGCCACUCUUAUCGCUGCCCAGAGCCUUUUGCCCAUCAAUCUGUUGUGGUCUUGGGUGCGGGAGCAUCUGGGGUUGACAUCUCGUUUGAGCUGGCUCAAGCUAAAGCCCAGGUGAUUUUGAGCCAUAAUAAGCCAGCCCUGCCAUUUUCUUUGCCCCUGGAAAUCAAGCAGGCACCUCCUGUAGUGAAGGUGCUGGACGAUGGCUCUCUGUUCUUCCAGGAUGGUUCAGUGGCCCACGCUCAAGUUCUUCUGCUUUGCACUGGAUACAAAUACCAAUUCCCAUUCCUCUGCCCAAAACAGCUUGGCCUGGAGGUGCAGCACCACCUACUGGCUCCUCUUUACAAGUACCUGGUGCUUCCAGCCUUUCCCUCACUCUUUUUUAUAGGUGUGUGCACAAUCAUCUGCCCUUUUCUUCACUUCCAUUAUCAGAUCCAGUUUGCGCUUGCAGUUCUUGAUGGCACUGUGCAGUUGCCCUCACGUGAGUUGAUGGACGCGGAUGUAGAGAGAGAGAGGCAAAGAAAGACACAGAUGGGUGUUCACCUCCUGCAAAUGGAUUCUGAUCAGUGGGAUUACUAUGUGAGUCUGGCAAAAACAGCAGGGUUGCCUCCUCCAAAUCCAGUUAUACAAAGUCUCUAUGAAGAAGUAGCGAGACAACGACGGGCAAACCCUCAAGCCUACAGAGAACUGAACUACAAAUUGGUUAAUGCCACUGAGUGGCAGCUUUUCAAUGCACCAUCUGAACAAACUGAUAAUAUUUAGUUAGAGAUCUUUAGUAGCAGUAAAUCAAGGAAAAUGCACCUCUCACCAGUCAUCCAAAGCUCUCCAUCACUUGCAAUCAAAUGAAUUCUUCAUCUGAUUUAUCUCAACUGAUUAAACAGAACUAUUUUCUGUCAUAUGCAAUAAACAUGUUUCUCAAUCAA